AUGGAUAAGUUGCUGCGAGCAAGUCAACGUAUUCUGCCCUCAAAUGCGGCUGAGGGUAGACUUGGAUCUAUUGAGUUAAACUUGUGGCUGGCACAGUUGGUGGGGCUACCUCUCCUUGGUUUAAAGAAGGAAUCACGUCUUCAGAAAAUCGUGAUUACGUUAUUUGGAGCAAUUGUGCUUUUCUCACUCUUUUGGUAUGUAAUUUUCGAGCUUUACGAUCUCUAUCUAAAUUGGCAGGACCUCGAUAUAAUGACACAGAACCUUGUGUUGUCAUUGACUCAUGCGGCUUAUUGGUUGAAGGUUUUCAACACCUGUUAUCACUACGGAAGUCUAAAGGAAAUUGUUCACAAGCUGAGUGUCAUCACACGUGUCUGUGUUCUGUCCAAGAAACAAACGAAAACGUUUCAUAAAGCUGAAAUGGAGAGCAAGCUGGUUAUGCUCAUGUAUUUCCAUCUUGUCCUGUUACCGGGCGUAAUGGGAUUAGUUUGGGUCCUGAUAUUUCCAGAUGAUUUGGCCGGCAUACGGUUUCCGUACAGGGUAAAAAUUCCAGAUAUUCUGCCACCGAUCGUACAAUACUUUUAUAUGGGAAUGAGCGUUGCACUUUUAGCACUGGCAAUCACAACCAUUGACUAUCUCAAUGUAUUGCUAAUGAAUCACAUAUGUAUGCAUCUAAAGGUUCUCAACUUGGCCUUUGAUGAACUUCAUGUGACUCCAGACCGGAAGCUGAAAGUAGAACCUUAUGACUGGCUUCUAUCGAUCGUCAAGUAUCACUGCGAAUUAAUUGUUUUACGACAGCAUGUGGAGCGCAUCUAUAGACUGCCAGUAAUGUUGCAAUUUGUCAGUUCCGUUGUGAUCGUCGCCAUGACAGCUUUCCAAGUGAUCGUGGGAGAUGGCUCAAAGAGUUCAGUUAUCAUGGAUCUUUUGCUCUCCUGUGUGCUUUGUCAGCUCUUCUUGUACUGUUGGUUUGGAAACGAAGUCUACGAACAGAGCAAGACCCUUUCAACCUCUGGUUUUGGUUGUAGCUGGCAUGAAUUUGACAAGAAGUUUAGGAAGACUUUGCUCAUAUUCAUGAUAAAUGCGGACCGUCCAUUUCUCUUCACUGCUGGAGGAUUCAUGGGUCUCACAUUGCCUAGUUUCACAUUCAUCAUAAGCAAGUCCUAUUCCAUUGUGGCAGUGCUUCGUCAAAUGUACAGCAGGACUUAGCAGGACUUAAUAAAAGUCAAAUGCGACCCAUCAAUCAUAAUAAAUACACUUAAUUAUGUGCUUAAAUAAUAAAUUACAUAUC